GGCUGGCUAUUAACAUACAAAAGUGUUUUGUUUUGUUGGCUUCUUUUGUCUUAUCUAAAGGGCAAUUUAGAAAUGGAAUUCAGUACAUGUUCUAAGAACGUUUGGAUUUUCACAUAGUUUUUUCACAAAAGGAUUUAUAUACAUUUUGCACAGCAAGCUGUCUUUUCCACAGCAAGGCUUCAGUUUCCUUCAUAGGUUUGUUCCGUUCCACUUCUGACAUCGUAAGCACAUUGUUGGAUUUAUAUGGGUUUUUAACAUCUUGAAGACUGGUUAUUUAUUUAUUUAUUUUUACCUCUAUAAACUGUUCAAAGAUGUUAGCAAGCCACACUGCUGGGUUAAUUUUUUCGGGUAUUUGUGCGGCAUUAAUUAUUUUGGCACUGAUAUACUAUACUUAUUGGUCUGUUGUUUUGAGUGAGGGCCCUUGCAAGCGUUUCUGACACCCAUCAUGGGUUUUAUUGCCUAUCUGAAGACACAGUUUAUAUUGCACUUGCUUAUCAGCUUUGUGUUUGUUGUGAGCGGACUGAUCAUAAACUUCAUUCAGCUAUGCACACUGACACUUUGGCCCAUUAACAAGCAACUUUACCGCAGGGUCAACUGCCGCCUUUCAUAUUCAUUAUGGAGCCAACUGGUGAUGCUAUUGGAGUGGUGGUCAGGUACAGAAUGUACUCUCUUCACUGAAAAAGAAACUGUGGAUAAAUUUGGAAAAGAACAUGUCAUCAUCAUCCUCAAUCAUAACUUUGAAAUCGAUUUCCUCUGUGGAUGGACCAUUUGUGAGCGAUUUGGAGUGUUAGGGAGUUCAAAGGUUCUUGCAAAGCACGAACUGCUGAAAGUGCCAUUAAUUGGAUGGACCUGGUACUUCUUGGAAAUAGUAUUUUGUAAGAGGAAAUGGGAAGAGGAUAGAGACACAGUGGUUCAAGGACUCAGAAAUCUUGUAGACUAUCCAGAAUGCAUGUGGUUCCUUUUGUACUGUGAAGGUACUCGCUUUACAGAGAAAAAACAUCAGAUUAGUAUGCAAGUUGCUGAAUCAAAGGGUUUGCCUAAACUGAAGUACCAUUUGCUGCCCAGGACCAAAGGGUUCACCACUACUGUGCAGUGUCUCAGGGGAACAGCUUCAGCUGUCUAUGAUGUGACCCUCAAUUUUAGAGACAAGAAGAAUCCUUCCCUAUUAGGAAUUUUAUAUGGGAAGAAAUAUCAAGCAGAUAUGUGUGUCAGGAGGUUUCCUUUAGAAGACAUUCCUGAAAAUGAGACAGAAUGUGCUGCCUGGCUUCAUAGACUCUAUCAAGAGAAGGAUACUCUACAGGAGCAUUAUGAAAAAGAAGGUACAUUUCCUGGGCCACAAUACAAACCACCUAGGAGACCAUGGACUUUGCUAAAUUUUUUUUUCUGGACAGUCGUUCUCCUUUCCCCUCUUUUUAAUUUUGCUAUUGGAGUAUUUGUAAGUGGCUCACCUCUUCUUAUUGUUGGAUUUAUGUCAUUUAUUGGAAUAGCAUGCUUUGCUGUACGACGGCUUAUAGGAGUGACUGAGAUUGAAAAAGGUUCAAGUUAUGGGAAUCAAGAGUUCAAGAAAAACAAGUAAUCCCUUCCUAAAACUUUCUCUGCAUUCUACAAGGAAAAGAAGAAUUAACUAAAAUAUCUCAAAAUCAGCAUAUUUAAAUGUGACGUGAUCAGGCUGGAACAGCUACUAUUCAGUUUUUUCUCCAUAAAACAAUGCAAGUUUAUUAAUUGUGUGAAGAGGUACUUUUGAUCUAUUUUUAUUAACCCUAAUAAUUAAGGCCUUUGGUGAAAAAAAAGCUGCUCUAUUUGAAUUAGUCCAAAUAUUAUCUUCACUUGAUUCUUCGUUUCAUAAGAUCAUUUUGUUCUCCGUCCAAAAUGAAUUUUUCCAGCCUUGAGAAGCAGUGGUGUCUGGUUAUAUUUAUUCCAGUCAAACUGUGAAUCAGAAAUCACUUCACAGAUUUAACUGAAUUCUUUGCAGGAUUUUAAAAUACUUUUUGCUUCAUGCCUGUGAAUAAAAGUACUGUAUUAUAUAUAGUGUGUAUAGUUUUCGGUUUAUGAAAUUCUUAGAGGUUGACAUUUUGUUCAGGAAUUUUAUUGUAUUUUUCUAGUUUAUUCUUCAUGGCAUUCAUUUUUAUCAUGUUUUAAUGAAAGUAGGCUAGGUUACAAAUAUUAUAUUAUUUGCCGUUUCAGAAAAAGAACAGUAUGGUAUUUACAUCUGUUUCUGCUAGUAAUAAUCCAGAAAAACCUGGAAUAAAACCAGACACUUGAGCUCAAGACUGUAGGGGUAUCCUGGUUGCACAAAUGACAUAACAUUGGGUAAAUGAGUGCUGAGAUUAGUAUAGGUUCAGGUGUACCAAGCAGAGUAAACAAUAUCAGCUGUUGGAUAAUUAAUAAAACCUACACUCUGUGUUAGGGACUCAUUACCACUAUGUGGGUUUACAGAACAAGCAAGCACAUCUUUUCAUUUUACAUCAUUAACAUAUUAUAUUUACCUCAAUAGGCUUUUUGUGAAGGAUUGAGCCAAAACCUAGUUAUUUUUAAUACUUUUCCUCUGUAUGAAUAUGAAAUGUCAUGUGCACAAUUGAAUUUUAUUUCCCCCGCUUUUAUUGUCUACAAUAUCAGCUUUCUGGAUUAAUGUGAACAACAGAAAUUGAGAUUUUUUUUUUUUAACUUGUAAGAACAAAUAUUUUACAAAUUGUUUUGGUUAAAUCAUUAAGGUCAUCAAGGUCAUAUGCUCAUUUCAUUUUGUUAUACAUGACAGUUACAAACUACAUAACUUUUCAGAUAGUACUAGUAGCAGUACUUUCCAUCUGUAUAAAUUAAGAUCAAAUAAACUGAAUGUAUGCUGCCAUGUGGCAGAUUUUUUCAUAUCAGCACUAAGCUUUUUAUGCCUAGAGAUUGUGAAUGCAAUAACAAAGCAUUUUCAUGCUUCUUUUUAAAUUACUCUGUGAACUGUGAAUUGCUGUAUUUUAACAGUGUGUCCCCAAUUUUCUGUAUUUUUUCUGAUGCCUCAUGGAUAUAUUCCACAUUCACAAAUAAUUAAUAUAUGGUAGAAUCUUGGAUGGGGGCUACCAACAGUAGUUUUGUCAGUGUUUUGUUGGAAGAUAUUAUGAUAAUUAUUUAUGGGAAAAGUGAAAUUUGAAUGUGAAUUAUGUUUAGAAAAAUCCUCUCAAUUAAUAAUCAAAUUCUCAAGCCUUUCAAAUGGUCCUGACAAAUAGCGGCAGCCAAAAACCAUCAACUUCAACAUCCUUUACAAAGUCUUUUCCUUGCAGGUCUGGCUGUAUACACAAGGAAACAAAAAUACCAAAUCAAAUUGUGUUAAUGCAGUUUAAUCAAAAGACAUUUUGUGUGUUCUUUUUCACAAUUUGAUCUGACAAAUACUGAGAAAAAAAAAAUUAUUUCCAAAGAACUAGUAGAUUACAUCUUGCCUGAAGAAGGGGCCUGAGUUGCCUUGAAAGCUUGCAUAUUGUAAUCUUUGUAGUUAGACAAUAAAAAGUGUCAUUUUGCUUAACUUCUUACUACAUCCAUAAUGGCUAACACGGUACAACACUCCAGUACUACAAAGAACUAGUAUGUAAUACAAGUUGUGGUCUUUAUAUGCUCUUGAAAUAUCUGUCAGGACUCCUGCCCAUUACAUUACUUACAUUAUGGGGGCUCUCCUUUGCUUUUUAUUCUUGUUUGUUUAUGCUACUAAUUGAGUUAUGUCUGUUUUCAUUACCUCUUGCUUUGUGGGGAUUAGAAAGGGUUCUUAUUUUUUAAGAUUCACUCGUGUUUUUAUAGUUCAGUUAACUUUCCAUAACCAUGCAUGUUUAUCAAAUCAAUUAGAUUUGUCUCAAGUAAUUGGUGAGAAUACCAACUGAUCAUGAUGUCAACCUGGAGACUAGAAUAUAUGUAUAAUAUAUUGUCUAAUAUCAUGUAACUUUCUGCUCCCUAUGUAGCUGGUUUAGAUUCAGACAGUUUUAUUAUCUUAGCUGGCUGAAAUGCAUUAUUCCUGUUGUGAAAGCAAGCCCUUGUAUACUGUAUAAAUGGUAAAGUUGAGACAUUUGAAUGGGAGAGAAUAUAAAUUAGGUCUAAGUCCUAAUUACUUUUUAACAAUAGUACCGAAUAUAUGAUUACUUAUGGUAUGCCUACAAAUGCCUCCCUCCCAAAUAAACCUCUCCAGAUGUGUCUUUAUAAAGCAUGCAAAAAAAAGAAAACUCAUUCUGGCAGCAGGCUGUUGACUACCUCCCAUCUAACCUGCAUAAAAUCAUUUUAGAUUGAAAUUGUGUUUCACUUAAUAAAACACGUUUCUAAUGAUAAUAUAAGUUGAUUUCUGUCCUAUCUUUAGUUUGAUUAGCCUUUCCCUGGACCAUUUUGGAAUGGGGGGUACAGGUUUGAAUGUAUAGUGUUACUGUUUGUGAUAUGUCAUACCUUUCCACUUUGUUCUGUUCCAUGUACAUGACAAUUUGGAGUUUUAAGGGAUCUGUUGAUUUGGUGCUUGGGCCACACAAAUUGAUUGACCUUAUAGCUCCAGUAUCCUGUACAUUAAAAAGAAAAAGAAAUGUUAAAUGAGUAUUGCAUUGCUUCAAAUACAGCUCCACCACCAAAUAACGUUCCUGGCUGAGGUAAUUAUUUUCUGUUUUAUAAAUUUAAAUGAGGUGAGAGGUUAGCAUUGUAUCACAGUUGGUGGAUUUGGGUAGCAGAGUUACUAAAUGUCAGACAAAGUGCUACAACUUAGCAGUCAUAGCUUAUUGGAUUGAUUAGAUCUUAGCAGGUUUUAAUAUCACUCAUAUAACUGGUGAUUUAGCCCAUUGCAUUGAUGUACAUUUAGCCAGCAUAUGAAAAGUACAAUGUCUGAUUGCAAUAAGAUAUUAGUUAUUUGUAAGCUAGGGCAUAAAUAAGUCAGAACAUCUAAAAUGCAGCUGAUAGAAAAAACUGUCUUGGCGAGUACAAGACUUCUGGUCCUCCUACCCCUGUACUACCAAGCAUGUAAUAAUGCUCUUAUUGUAACACUGUUGCAUUCUAAUUUGUGUACAAAAAUAUAUUUUGGUAACUUGGAAAUCAUUUGAUUUAAAUUUUUCUUUUUUUUUUUUUAAUUUUUCAUAUAAUUGGAAACCUUACUGUUGUGUAAGGAGUUAUAAAGAAAUAACAUUCAGUUUCCAUUUAAAAUUGCCAGAUACAAGAAUGCAGUUAAAAUGGAGGAAGCAGUGAAUGAAUUUUAAUAGUUAAAUACUUGCUAUAUUUUGUGGGUUUUUUUAUGUCUCUGCACAGAUAUAAAGUUGUGCACACAACUGUUUUAUUGCUCAGUGAUAGGCGAUUUCCAUUGGCCGCUGUUAACUUCCUUCCAACCACUGAUAAGACAUUUCAAAUGUUCUUACCAUAUCUAUUUUGAGCUGUGUGGUUUUGUUCAUGUCAUUGGUUAUCUUCAGAUACUUUAUGUAGAGAGAGAUUUCCCUUAGCUAAUUAAUAUAAAAAUGCCAUUAAUACAGUAUAUCAAGAAUGCACCACUUAAAAGGAACUGUUACAAUAAUGCUUCAACUCACUAAUGACUUUAACAUUCAUCUAAAAAUAUUUUCACAUUCUUUGGCUUUCUUGUACUUUACCUGAAGGUUAUUCCUUUCAUUCCUUUGAAGAGUAACUCCAAAUAAUUUGUGUUGUUCAUGUGCACACCACAAAUUCAAGUUGGUCAGCAUUUUUCUGGAGACCACAUAUGCAAGGUGUGACACAAAAAUAACCGGAUUGGUAAAAAAAAAAAAAAUUUUUUUUUUGCUGAAUUACAUCAUUCUAAACUGUCACCUUUUAUAUACUCCCCCAUCCCGAUCUCUACACUGCUUCAUAAGUGUCUUCCAUUAAUUGAAACAGUGCUGGAAGUCUUCUUGCUUUAUGGGCUUCAACAGGCUUGUCGUUUCUGUCUUCACUUUAUCCAUUGAAGAAAAAUGUGGUCCCUUCUGGUUACUUUUGAUUUUUGGGAACAAGUAAAAAUCACAGCAAGCUAAAUCGGGUGAAUAGGGAGGAUGAUCGAGGACAGGAAUGUUUCUGUCAGUCAAAAACUGCUUUACGGAAAAAGCAUUGUGGAUGGGAGCGUUGUCUUGUCUUGUCUUGCUGUUUGCUUUUUUCACCUGACAUUGUCAUCUCGUGUAGUGAUUAUUGUUGAAAUACUGACUGGGCUAUUCACAGGAUAUACCUAGCUGGUCGGCCGAUUGAGAGGGUGUGUAGGAGGAGAUAUAGUUGUAUGAUUCACGUCCAGCCGACCUCCAGAUGGUUUUCCAGGAAAGUCCCAAGCCCAGUCUGGUUAUUUUGUGUCUCAACUCGUAUAGUAGGGAUGAAUAUUCAGUACUGAUUCUUUGAUUUAUUAAUUUACUUAUAUUAUUCCCAGAAACAUUACUUACUGGAAACACAUUCAUUUUGUGUAUCUUUCUAGUAUUUUUUUUAAUAAACAAUGUUGAUCUUUCUUUAUAUUAUAGAAGUUAAGUAUAAAAGUAAUGAAGGAAAUCAAUGCAUUGUCACAUUAUCACAUUUUGUGUCAUGUUUUUUUGUGUGUGUGUGUGUGUGUUUUAUAUAAUAUAAUCUCAAACAAUGGUGUGUGUUCUUGUUUUUAGUAACUUUGAAAAAUAAAGACUUAGCAAUGUUCAAGAAUAUUUUGUGAAAACACUAACUUUUAGGUAGGCAUUGGAGUAUAAUGGCAAAAGAAGUAUUUUGUAUAUUGCAAGAUGCAUUCGUGAUGGAUGAAUAAAAAAUAGACCCAUUGCUAUUUGAAUGCUUAAUUUCUUUUUUACAGCACCACAAGCAGUUGUUCUAAUUUAUUAAGACCAGUCUUUUGUUUUGUUUGAACUUAAAUUUUACAAUGCUUGUGAUAGUUUUUUUGAAAUUGAUACUGGUUUUUGCUUUGCGCCCUCCCCCACCAUAACCUGUCAUCUAUGGGGGAUCAGCGAAAGCUUUAGAUUCAUCAAAAACUUCAAUCUCCGAUUUUUGACGGAUCUCAAUGUUUUAGGGUCCCCUGAUACUGAAAACAGCAAUAUUGAAUGAUGUGUGUGUGUGUGCGCGACACAGUUUCUUGAAGACAGUCUAGAGCUAAAAUAGCUGGACGGAAAAAUAACAAACGCGAAACUUCAGCUAUGUAUAAGAUGACGAUGUGCUGAUUACUUUUUGAGCUAAAUUGUGCAAGAGAAAGAAACACUCUGGAGGAACCCUCAAAUACAGUAAUUCUGCAAUUAAUUAUGAAUAAUGACCUAUUUUAUGAUCAGAAAGAUCAGCAUCAGAGCAGUAAAUAAUUACUGAAAUGUUAUAGAAUAGUUAGGGUAACUUGGUUCUAAUUUAAGAACAAACGGACUUUCACAAACUGUUUCAAUAAAAUUAUUCAGGCUAUAAUGGAAAAUAGUUUUCUCUCUAUUAUAAUAAAAAAAUCUUGGGACGAGACGUGACUUUUUCAGAGAGAUACUUUCACGUCCCACAAGAUGAGACUUUGUGCCAAGAGAUUUACCCAUGCCCAGGGCCGGAAAUAAAAGACAGAGAAGAUGACAAAGUAGAAUGUUGUAAAGAAUUCAAAAAUGUUGGCACAAUACACAUGCAGAGCCUGUUAGAGAUAAUGGAAGUACUAAAAUUUGAAAGUCUCAAAAAAUUAUAGUAAAGAUCGCAUUAGCACAAACAAACAGAAAUUAUUACUUAUUGAAAUAACGAAACAGGGAAAGAGAUCGAAUAUAUUGUUUGGAUUUAAACUUUAAGUCAGAGACUUAAUUCGUGUUGCCAUCAGGGAAAAGUAGUGUUUCUUCUCAAUGAAAAGGUGUAUCCGCGAGAAUUAAAAGAUUUGUUGUCUGGUGAAAGUGAAAUCCACAUACGCGAGCAGCAGAGACAUGAAGUGGCUGGCGCGUAGCGUAGGCCGGGGGGGUUGGUGAGCAAAGCCCCCUAGUUCUAACUAAAGUUUUCUUUAUUCACAGCAAUUGCUAUAUUAACCUACUGUUUCCAUAUUGACACUUCCUAAGUAUUUGCUGAAAUUGACAUAAAUUAUUUCUUGAAAGUCAAUAAUGAUUGAGACAAUGUAACUGUACAUAUAUUUUUAAAUGAUCACACUUCCAUAUAUUGCAUAUCUUUAGAAAUGGUCUCAAGCUCUGCAGAAUGCUAUGCAGGUCCUUUGAGAUUUAUGUUUUCACAUUAGCAAUACCAUCACUUAUAAAGUUAUAAAUUGGGGAUUUUUUUUUAAUUUUAGCUUCUAUUUGGGCAGUAUGCUAAAGAACUAAAGUUUGAUUAUGAAUUCUAAAGUUUCCAAAGUAAUUUUAUUGCAAGUGUCCAUCUUAUUUUAAAGGUCCUUGAAACAAAAAUGUUUUAUUUUUAGGUAUCUCUACUUUGCAUUACUACUUGCAUUUUAUCUGUAUAUUUAAUGUUCUGAUAGACACAUUGUUAAAAUAUGCAAUUGCCAGUUCCACACUGUUUUCUUCAGACGCAUUUAAUACAUGUACAUCUGUACUCCCGUCAGUCAGUAAUCCCUUUAAAAGUAAGUACUGGUAGCUGUGCCUUAAAUUACCAUAUUAUAGGUCAACACAAGGUGUGUUUCUUUCUUUCCUUAAACGUAAGUCCCACCACCAUGACCUUGUUAAAAUAAAUGACUGGAUUUCUUUUCCUGACAUCCAUUUGUAAUCAGCCAAGUUUAUGGGUGGCACCAUUGUCAUUUUUGCUGAUGAUAAUGCGGAUCAUUAUAAGCUACUUGAACCAAGGCGUCUUAUCACGUGUUUAGCAGUCAUGCUUUAUCUGAAGCCUGUAUGUUGCUAAAGGGCUCGACAUGUUUUGCAUAUGCUUAGAUAUGACAUAACUGAUAUAGGAUAGUGUGUGCAGUCUAGAGUUGGGCAGUAAAGCACCAAGUUGCUUCUCCAGUCCCCACCACUUUCUUGAUGUUGUUUAUACAGCGUAUACUCCUGUUGUGCAAACAGGAAAAACAGUUGUACUUUGCAGCAAUGAUUUGUAGGUGGUCUUUUUUAAUACAUGUGUAAAGUAAAUUAACAUUAUAUGCAAGAGUCCAAUUUUUCAAAAGCCAUAUUACAUAGACAUAAGCUUUCUAAUUACUGUUAUAUUAGAAUUCAUACACUAAAAUUGGAGCAUUGUGCAAUGUAGGGGCAAACUACAACAGUAACGAUCUUGUUAUUUAUGGUUUAUUUCAGGAUUGCAGUAAACCAAAAAGCUUUCAGAUUUUUGGUGGACUGAUUACUAAUAUGAGUUACUAAUAUGAUGUUCAGCACGCUGCUUAAUGACACAUUUAAUUUUUCUGGUUACAAACUGAAUGUUUAAAAUCUCUUAAACUAUUAUUUCAAAAAAUCUGUUACAAAAUGAGAAUACAUCUUCCUAAAACUUCACUUAACACUUAUCAAAUAAGUUGCAUCUUUUAGAAGUGUAGGAAAUGCUUAAUAUUUCAAACUUAUUUAAUUGUCUUCCAAAAGUGUGAACAAGACAUAUAGUUUCUGAUGCUAUUUUUGAAUUCAAAGAACAGAAAAUGUUGAUUUCCUACUGAGAAUUAAACAAAGUUACUACUGCUAGAUUGAGAAUUCUGGGAUCUAUGAGUAUAAUUAGACAUUGUUUUGUUUUUCCAUCAGUACGUUCAGACCACCUUGGGGUGUGUGUGUUUAUUGUGCCCUGCAGUGGACUGGUACUCUGUCUGGGGCUUUUCCCUGCCUUGAGCCCACUACUGCUGCCAGGACAAACACUGCCCCCCAACUGACCCUGAAUUAGAUUAAGUAGAUUUGAAAAUGUUAUGCUUGUUAUUGUUUUCUGUUUUAUCAUAUUGCUAUCCUGAAAAAUGGUUUUCUUAGUACUCACAUUUAAUAUUUUCAGUGAAAUGGAAUUUUAUAAGGUGAAUUUUUAUAUUUGGCAGCUGUUAAUGUUGGUAUUGUAAUAUAUUCAGGUUAUAAUACACCACCAUAUAACACUAGAAAGGCAUUUCAGUGAUGCUGAAGAAGUGAGUAUGUAUACUUCUCCCUAACAGCAUAAAUAGAGGGUGUUACAUAAAGUACGCAGUUUUUAAAAAUGCAAUAAAAAAUCGGCCAAAAUCGAAGCAAAAUUCAAAAUUUUUAUUUAAUUUCAUUCAAUAUAUACUUCAAUUUAAUAAUGAAAAAUAAUACUGAGCAUAUGUUCACCUCCACUUUCUCUGCAGACAGUCAUCUGAUCAUUGAAAUUAAUGAUAACUCUUUUGCAGAUGUCCCUGUCGAUUUUGCUGAAUACCCGUUGAAUUUCCUUCUUCAGUUCGGCUAUCGUUUGAGGUUUGUUCACGUAAACUUGUGACUUCACAUAUUCCCAUAAAAGAAAGUCACAAGGUGUGAGGUCACUUGACCUCGGAGGCCAUUCUUGGUCGCCGCCAUAAAUCGAGAUCAGACACUCAGGGAAUUUUUCUCGAAGUAAGGUGAUUGUCUCCUGGGAUGUAUGGCAGGUAGCCCCAUCCUGCUGAAACCACAUUUCAUCAAUUCCGUCAUCCUCCAUUUCUUCCAGAACAGGCCACAAAAAGUUAGUGAUCAUGUCCCGAUAACGGUUGCCAUUUGCAGUAACUGAAUUUCCAUCAUCAUCUUCAAAAAAGAAGGGGCCAGUCACGCCUCCUGCCCAAAAUCCAUACCAAACCGUGGCUCGUAGGGGAUGCAUUUCGUGAUCUCGAAUCACUCUAGGGUUUUCAUCACCCCAAAUGCGGCAAUUUUGUUUGUUGACAUACCACGAGAGAUGGAAAUGUGCCUUGUCAGUGAAGAUUAUUCUUUCUGAAAAUUUGUCGUCCUCUUGUUCCAAAAUCCAAUUGGCGAAUCUUCGCAGUUUUGCAUAAUCUGCUGGUUUCAGCUCUUGUGUCAACUGAAUCUUGUAGGGGUGCAUACUGUAUGAAGAUCUUUUUUCAGUAUUCAAUACACUGAAGAUGUUGUGAACGACGGCAAAGCGACUUCACGGGGCUCACAUUCACACUGUCUUGCACUACCGCAAUGUUUUGUUGCAUUCAAACAUUAUUGUUUAGACUGGGUGAUUUUCUGGUUGCAGCUGACCCAGAUUCUUCGAAUUUCUAUACCAACCUUGAAACUGUUGUUGCGGUAGGGGCAUUGUCACGUUCAAAGAUCGCGCAAAGUUUACGGACAGUCUCUGCGUAGCACUCCCCGUUUUUGUAAUGAGUGUUCACAAUAAGAAUGCGUUGCUCGAUACUGAACUGCUCCAUGGCUACUAAAUGGAAAAAUGACAAAUGGUCUUCUAAUCGGAGUGAUAAUAGAUAACGAAAAUGAUAGGAACAGUGCUGACAACCUUCAAACAAAAAAAAUUCCACGCAAUUCAAAAACUGUGUACUUUAUGAAACACCCUUUUUUGACGGAUCAACAUUAGUUGCAGUUUAAACUAAUGUUUGUAAGUUCUCAUAAAUGCUACCUGUUUAAUUCAAAUAAAAUGUUACAGUGAAUGGUAAUAGCCAAACUCAGUUUACUCCAGAAAAAGUCAGAAAAUGGCUUACAGAGGAGUCCAAGCUUUACAAUUCAUUAGCAACAACAUUCUGGAAACUUUGGUAUACAUAUUUUUAUAGCGUGGAUGACAUUUACAUUCUCCUCUGUAUGUUAAUGGACAGCAUCACUGCAGCUAUCAAAGCAGAUGUUCAGUUUGUAAUCUUUUGCUUAAAUGUCUUACUCAAGAGGUACUAAGAGGUGCAGCUCUGAAAUCACAUUUUUCAUUUUUUUCUUUUGUUUUUUUCUCACAUGAAGAAAUAAUGCUACUAUUAUUCAAAGUACUGUGAAACAGAAGGCAGCUAUGAAUAGCACUGGUGUACUCAGAAUAUCUAAUUCUUUUCCUGUAAGGUAUACAAUAAAUCAAACAUACAGCUAAAUAAAGCUGUUCAUAAUGUGAGUUGUGCAUACUGAGAGAGUAAAAAGUAUGAUACAAGUAGUGGUGUUACAGUUCCGAUUGUCGGAGCAGAGAGCUGGCAAUUAAUAUCAAUUUAUAGAUGCAUAUAUCAUGAAGAACUACAGUCUUCACAAAGCAUGAAUUGUUACAAAUUUAAGUGUUUUUUCUUUUUUGAGAAAUUGAUCUGGACUCAGACUGUUGAGAUAUCUAGUAAUAUUAUUAGUAUAAUAUAGGCUUAUUACAACUGCACUUUUUUGUCAAUUUUAUUCUUUUUUCUUUUGUAUUUAAACGUUUAAUGAAAAAACCUUCCUAAACUACUAAGAAGUACUUUUGUUUUCUUCUUAAGGGUUCAGUCCCUAAAUAUCUACAUCUUAAAAUGUCAUGCCAUAAGAACAGCAGAAAGGGCUAACACUCUAAACUCAAAAGGUUUAUUAUGUUUGGAUUUUUCUGCCUAUUUUUGGAGGUAAACUUUCAUUCUGUGCUGUUUUAGUUUUCGUCCGAGCAAUCUGUUUGUUUUGUUUUUGUUUUGUGUAUUUUGUUAGCAUUCAUCUUUACUGACAAUCGCUAAUUAGUAAAAUUAUUGGUAUAGAAGAAUAUUGCAACAUUUUCAAUUUGAUAAUAAACAAGCUGUUGAAAACAAUGUUUUCCUAAUAAAAAAAUAAAAGUUUAAAACAAAACAAUUAACCUAUUAUAAAAGCUUAUGUAAUGGAUGAUGAACUUUUAGAGAACUACCAAGAAAUAUACAAAGGAAAAAAAUGAUUUAAUUAUUCCUGGAUAAUUUAGGCCCAAGUUAAAAAUGCUUUGUAAUAUACUUUUAACAGAUAUUUCUCAAAUAUAGUAUUUAACAAAACCUUUGCUCUGGCAUUAAAUUGAAAACAACAUAUUCUAAAUAGAUUUGUGAGGACAUUACAGGUUUCAGUAAUCACCAUUUGCACUAGAUACACUUAUAUUUUUGGUUUCAGAAACCUCUUUUUUAGUUUGUGAAGUUGCUUAGAUGUUUUAUAGCACUAGUGGCAACAUUUACAAAAAAUCUUAAUGGCUUAAAUUUAAUUUCAUAGUAACUGCACUUAAAAUGCACUUUGCACGGUAACAUCCAUCCAAUAUAUUAUGCUUACUUAUUUUAGAAAGCUGAUUUUGUUAUAUUUUAAAUGUUUUUUUUAUUAUUCUUUUAAAAAAAACAACAAAUCCACUUACCAUGUUUCUGAUUAAGCUAUCUAUAUACAUGCACACUGCUAAUUGUGUAAAACUGAUUUUACAUGUAGGCUGUACUACAGAUAGAAAGAGGGUCAUUUCUGAUAUUUAAUGUACUGAUUUUCAUUGUUGAACUUUAUAAACAGAUGAACAUACUACCUGCAGAAAUCCAAGUUGUGUGCAGACAUGAGAGUUCACGUGACUUUCUCAAAAGUACUAAAUAAGCUUGUUUUUUUUUUGCUUUUUUUUUUUAAAUUUUAUUUAAAUAGUGCUACUUGUCACAUGGGGUUAAGGAAGCUUAUAGAAAGAAAAGGUUUUGCUAAAACACAACAUUUCAUUUGCUAUCAUUGUUUUUUUUUUUUUUCAUUUUUAUUAAAUGGAAAAUAUGAUUUAUUGCUGGGAUGGGGGGUUUUCUAUGGUGUAAACUUAUUAAAUGUUUCAUACUAUUAAUAAUCUAUAAAAUUACAUUUUGUUACUUUAACCAAAAUACUCUAUCUUUCAUCUCUUCAAGUUGGAAACAUUGUACUUAAUGUCACAUUUGUUUAAUUUUUGUUGACAAAUUAACAUGGUAUGGAAAAUAGUGGCCAUCUGGAAUUGUGGGCUAUAAACUUGUAAGUAAAACAUAAAAAAGUAUGCAGUUUUCAUUGAUGAAGAAAAGCAUUAACACAUACUGGUGACUUUUAUUUUUAUUCUGUUUUAGAAAGCACUGUAUAAUUCUGAAGCUGCAAGAAUAAAGUAUUUUAAGAAAGAAAUAGCAAUAGCUUGUUUUCUUAAUGUUGCCUUGGUGUUCUUAAAUUGAAGCCCAAACUCCACCAGACACGUUACAUGUGUCAGUAGAAGAAAAUUCUGUCUACACUUGUGUUCUGUGUAGAAACUGCUCAUUAAGUUCAGUGUUACUGUUUAGAGUUUAUUUAUUUUAUAAACCUUGCCAGAACUUUUGUGAAAGAUCAGCAUCAUCAAAAUAUAGAGUACAGUGUGUUACAUUAUACUUUAAAGUUUUGCUAAUACUAAUUGAUGUUUAAACCAGAAUUAUGUGGUGUAUACAGUCAGGCAAGCAGUGGAGAUAUAACAUGAAAUAUAUGUUGUUCUGUUUCUCAAAAGCUUAUACUGUGAUGAUACUUAUAUCUGAAUUUAAACAAAGCAGGCUUUGCACAUUGGCCCCCGUUAUUAUCCAAAGCAUUUGUCUCAGGCUAAGCUUGACAAUGAAUUUUAUAUAUACAAUGUACACAUUUAUAUAUAAAUGGGGAAACAAGCAAGGGCUAUUCUCACACUGAACGAAAAAAGGUUACAGAGCCAACAUUAAUGAAAGCUACACAGCCAAAAUGUUGUGUUUGUACCCUUCUUGUUUUCUUUUUCUUCAGCACUGAAUAGCCUUUUCUUUUUUUCCUUUUGAGGUGCACACUGUUGCAGCCCUUCAUUAACCCCAUUACACACAUGUAAAGGUCAACUGUUGUGUAUUCCAGUUUUGUUAUAUCUGAUUGUAAUCUUCAGAUUUGACAUCUACAAAAGUGAUGUAUGUUUAAAAAAAAAAAAAAAAAAAAACUUUUUGAAGUUUUGCAACUUCAUCCUAAAUACUAUAUUUUUAAAACAUUCUAAUUUGUAUGAAUUCUGUUGAGACAGACUUGAUCGUUUUAAUUCUUUACAGGAACAUCAAAAUGUGUAAAUAAAUGCAAAGUUUUUUUGUUGUAGUUUUUAUUAUUUUGCACUGACUGGCUAAAUAUGUAUAUUUAAAACACCUAAAAAUGUAUAAUCAAUUACUUUAUGGUGGUAUGGGCUCUCUCUCUCUCUCUCUGUGUGUAUAUAUAUAUAUAUAUAUAUAUAUAUAUAUAUAUAUAUAUAUAUAUAUAUAUAUAUAUAAUAUAAAAUUAUUAGUAAUAUCAAUAAAACUUUUGCAUGAUUUUCACAAUAAUAAAAGUGAACUAAAACUUUCAGGGAUUCAUUCAGUGGCUGCACAAUGGUACAAUUGGCCUGUAGAAUAUAAACUGCAUUGUACUUGCAUUUGAAUCUUAAUAAAAAUGUAGAAUUGC